AUGUGGUUCGACAUCAAUCGGUUUCAUAUGCUGGUGCUCAUCACCUGGCAAUUUUCGAUUUUUUUCGCCUCGCAGCAAAUUUUUCCGAUUUUCUCCAAUUAUUUGCCACAAUUUCAAUGCGGUGAUGGCGAGCCAACUUCGGAUUGCGACGUCUACAGAUCAUGCAAAUCGAAUAUCACUUUCGUGAAUGUCGCAUUCCAAUCAGCCGCAAUGGAAUUCAACUGGAUUUGCGACGAUUUGUACUAUCAGACAUUCUUCUCGCAAACUCAAUUCGCCGGCGUUCUUUGCGGCACCUUCUCAUUCGGCGCCGUGUCCGAUAUUGUCGGCCGGAAACCAGUCGCCGUGUUCGCAUUGGGUCUCGGAAUCUUCACAAAUUUCGUUACGGGUUUAGCACCAAACUAUCAUAUACUUUAUGUGAUUCGAUUCUUCGUUGGCCUUUCGGUCGGUGGAACUCUUGUCGUCGUGUGCACAUUCGUCAUGGAAAUGCUGCUUCCGAAGCAGCGCAUGGCACUUCGAGCAUUCUUCAACUGGGGAGUCGCCCGACUCAUGAUGACUCUCAUCGCGAUGGCGCUGCCUGAAUGGAGGAUGUCGUCGAUCGCGUGUGCGUUGGCAGCUCUGCCAGCACUGUUGAUCAUUAUUCUGGUGUUUCCCGAGUCUCCGACAUGGCUUCACAACAAGGGAAGGCUCGAAGAGAUGAAGAAGAGCGAGAAGCACAUUGCAAAAGUCGCGGGAGUUCCAUAUCAGCCAAUUCAACACGAGAAGAUUGAGCACACCAAGACAAUUUUCGAAAUGCUUCGAACAAAAGGACUCUUCAAAAGAUUAUUGGUCCUUUGGUGCAUGUGGUUCUGUGCUUCGAUUUGCGGAUACGCCACUGAUCUUUAUUCGAACACCAUCAGCGGAGACUUGUUCGUCAAUCAGAUUCUCUUCUCGAUUCUGAUUGCCGUUUCGAAAAUGAUUCUCGUGCUCUGCGACACCUACUUCCCGGAAUUCAAGCGUCGCACACUUCAUCAAGGUGCUCAAGCGAUCGUGUGCAUCUGUUUCCUCGCCAUCACCGUCAUGAAAUACUACGACUACACCGGUGUCGCAUUUCUCAUCAUCAAUCUGAUGGGCACCGUAUUCAUCGAAUACACAUGGGAUGCUUGCUAUUUGUGCGCAGUCGAGAGCAUGGAGACGGCGUGUCGCGCGAGUGCCACCGGCACCUGCUCAUUGGUAGCGCGCAUUGGAGCGAUUAUCGCGCCAUUCCUGAGCUUGGCCAACCAAUGGUGGCCGCCAUUCAUCUACGCAACCGUCGUCGCCCUCGGCACCAUCAAUCUAAUCGUUUCCUAUUUCUUCCUGGUGGAAACCAAGAAUGUCAAUCUUGACGCUGUUCACAUCGACGCGACCGAAGACGAAUCAUCUCCAAUGAUGACCGAAAAGGAAAGGAAUGAAGCUUAA